AUGUCAUCAACAACAAAGAAUUAUAACAGUCGUUACCGUGAUGGGUGCAUGAACCCAGGAUAUAAAGUACUAAAAAAUAAUUUCAUAAGUAAUUUAUUUCGUAAAUUAACUUUUAAACCACAAAAAUCUGACAGGUUACAAGAAGAAACCAACAAUUCUUUCUUAAUAAAUUCAGAUUCAACAAAUUCCACUAUAAAUCAUAAAAAUAAUAUUGAUAAAAUACGAGCUCCACAUAAAGUGAAAAUAAAAUCUGAUCAUAAAGGAAAAUAUGUUCCAAUUGAAAUUCCUAUUUCUUAUAAUGAACAAUUUGAAAUUAGUUCAUUACCAUCCCCACAGAAUCGUCCAAAAGAUAUUUAUCAGUUAGAACAAAAAGUUGAUGCUCUUGGUAAUCAACUAAGUAAAAUGGAAAAAAUGUUAAGCGCUUUAGUUCAAUCACCUAAAGUUAAUAAUCCCAUCAUUAAUAGUGAUGGUGAAGAAAAUUACAUGAAAAAUGAUUUAAGUGAUAAUAAAAUGAAGAAUGAUACUAAUGAAGAUAAAAACAUAGUUGAAAUAAAAAUAAAUACUCUAACUCAAAAUGAUAAUACUACUCAAUCCUCUAACAAUACAACAUCAAAUUCAACUUCUAAUCCAUCGAAAAGCAACAGUAAUAUUCAUAUUCAUUAUUGUACUAAAUGCGGUCGCCGAAAAAUUCAUGAUGAAUGGUGUGAACCAUGCGACCGAGAUAUUUUCAAAAUUAAUUUUCCUAAUUGGACUAGUGGAAAUGAAAAUAUUGAUAAUUUCAUACGAGAGACUCAGAUUUUGGCUACUACCAAGUUCAAUUUCUUAGAAUGGAUUGAUUUCUCUAGUUUAACUAACAUUAAACCUAUUGGUAAAGGUGGAUUUGGUGAAGUAUUCUCUGCAAAAUGGAUUGACGGACCAAGAACUAAAUGGAAUGCGGAAAAGGAAGUUUGGGAAAGAUAUUCUAAUGUUAACGUUGCUUUGAAAAGUUUAUUGGAUUUAAAAGAGGAAGAUUUUACUAGUGAGCUUUUUAAAGAGCUCAAAUCUCAUCUGAUAUCUAAUGAUCAGGUAACAGGUCGUUUUACCACAUUGCGUACUUUCGGUAUGACCCGUGAUCCUGAAUCAAAGGCUUAUAUGAUGGUGAUGACAUUAGCAGAUGACGGAGACUUGUCAGCAUAUUUAAAAAAACACUUCUCUACACUCAAUUUUGUAAAGAGGCUCGAAAUUCUUUAUGACAUGGCCACUGGGAUCUAUCAGAUUCAUAAGUCUGGACUAAUGCAUCGUGAUUUACACAGUGGUAAUGUAAUGUGCCAACGAUUAAAGGAUAGAGAUCCAGGACGUGACGAAGAGUAUCGAUUUGUGAUUGGUGAUUUGGGCCAGGCGACACCGCCAAAGAAUGAUAAUGAUAAUAGACCAAGUGCUCAUGAGUUAUAUACAACGAUUGGGACAUGGUUGAAUCAAUAUUUAUUUGUUCCAAAUUCUAAGAUUGCUAAAGAAUUUAAAAAGGGUGAUGAACUCGGCUUAAAGGUACAACAAUCGCAAAAAUUACAUCCAAAUAAUGCUUCUUACAGUACUUAUUAUGAUGUUCAAGCAUUAUCAACUAAAUCACAGAAUUUUGAAAUUGGAGAUUCAAAUUCUUUUAAAAUUCCUGAUUCUAUAGACUAUGAAAAUUCAACUAAUUUUGAAAUCUCUGACUCUUUAAAUCAUGAAUAUUCAACCUUUGAAAUCCCAGAUUCUUUAGACGAUGAGGAUUCAACUACUUUUGAAAUUUCAGAUAAUAUAGAUUUGGAUGAUAUCCCUAUAACGCCAACUGAUGAAGCAUCAACACCAAAUAAUUUAAAUCUUGAAGAUGUUAAGGCAAAAGAAGAAAUAAUUCCUAAAUCAUCAGUCAUCGAAGAUGUUAAAUCAAAAGAAAAUUCUGCGCUCAGAUUUUCACAACAAUCUAUGGGAUCAGUAAAUUUUGAAUUUUCUAUUGAUGAAAGGUUUAACGAUCUUGAAGAUUAA